AUCUAAUGAACUCACGUAUAAAUCGUUUUACCUCAUGUUAGAACUUGAGCGGAUAUUGUUAAAAGUGCUCUUAAGGCAAUCUAGGAAAUGUACGUAGUUCAGUAGUGUACAUCUCUUUGUUUGAAAUGAGUAAAUGUGAUUGACUAAGAUGUUAUUCAGAGGGGACACUUUUGUUAAAUGUAAUACAUGUACCUGUUUAUGUUGAUAUUGUGUAUGGUUUAUAAGUUUAUUUUUAUUUUUUAGAUAUUUUAACAAACUUCAUUUUGAAAAAGUGUUCAUUUACAAUGUGUGCAUGGUUCACAUUGAAAUUAUCAGCAAUGAAAGCGAAACUACAAAUAAAGUGAAUAAAGAUUACACAGUGCGUUUGAACGUGUACAUGUAAAUGUAUUGUGAACUCAUAUUAAACUGGAAAAAAGAUAAGUUUUUGGCCUGGGGCGUAUCAUUAUUCUCGGAAAUAGACGAAGUAACCGGAUAUGGUAUUUCACUGCGCAGAUCUAACGCGCAAAUCGAGCGCGAAAAGUUCUACGUGAGACAACGCACACAAUAUACACGUAACGUGUAACACCCUUGACAUGGGUAAUAUAAUAGCAAAGGACCCUGAUUUCUGGUGUUCUUCCGAAGAUCCGGGUCCAGAAGGACAUAAUGAAGAUUGGAUGAUGAGAGUAUCAGAUUCUAAGUUUCUUUCGGAGCUGUCCAUUCCUGGCACACACGCUACUAUGAGUUAUGCUUAUGAUGGAAAAGUCACUGGACUAUUUGUUAGCUGUCAGAGUUGGUUAUUAUGCAUUCAGCUGAAUAUGGGAAUACGAUUUCUUGACAUUCGGUGUCAGGCAACCAGAGAUGAUAUGUUACUCAAUCACGGCGGCUAUUACCUAUGUAAGCUGACAGAUACAUUAACCGGCUGUGUAAACUUUCUUCAAACGCACCCAAGUGAAUGCGUUAUCUUACGGAUUGCACAAGAAAACAGUAAUCUUGAGGGACUUGAUUUUAGGGAUGCGCUGAAACCCUUCUUGGAGAAAUUUUCUAGUCAUAUCUUUAAAAAAAGAUCAAUGCCUACCCUUGGCGAAGCAAGAGGGAAGAUGAUUAUUCUGGCAGACUAUGAUAUCGAAGAUAACGAUGAUAUGAUGAAGUAUGGAAAUAUGACACAUGGAAAAAUUAUCAUAUGUGAAAACCAUAAACCAGGAUCAUUCUCACAAAAGUUAGAUGGCAUCAAAGCUAACAUAAAAAAGGCAUCCUCAGCUCAAAGGGAUAAGAAAGAAAUGUACAUAACGUUCACGAGCUAUAAUCAUUGGUUAGUAGAUUGUCCGCAAGAGACAGCAAGGCGUUCAAAUCCUACAUGGCAUUGUUUAGUCAGAUAUCGCAUUGGUUGCCUUGGUAUUGUUGUCAUGGACUUUCCGGGAUAUAAGGUAAUCCGAGACAUUAUCGAUCACAACUGGGAUCGCCCUCGCGAGAUUGAAAAUCCUACAGCGCAUCGUUUAGUGAAAUAUCGAGGCAUUAUUGAUGACAACUUUAUUUGUCAUAUCGAGAUUACACCUUCUACAAAUCCAACAAAUGCUUUGGCAUUUUUGUCGUCGGACUACCCAGGAUUUAAAGAAAUUCGAGACAGUAUCGAUCAAAUUUGAAGGCAUGCCCAUCUCUGACACAAACCAAAAUUGCUCCAAUAAAAAUUUCAAUUUGCCUCAAACACCAUCUACAUGGUUAUGAGUAAAGGUAAACUAUGUCCUCUAGGACAUGUGAACUAGUUUUCUAUUAUGACAUUAAGAUCAACUUACUGAUUGGCAUGUAUGAUACGUUUGUAUGAUUAUCUAUAUCUGAUGUAAUAUAAUAAAGUGUUUUGCAUGUUGCAUUUGGAAUUGCCAUUUUGUUCACAUGAUUUCAUGUGAAAAGAUAUUUUUAAAUGAUUACAUAGAUUACAUUUAGAUAAACUAAUUUUUAUUUUUAUUUUGUAUAUUCAGGCUUUAACAAAAGUCCUUCUUGGAAAAAAAUAAAUUAAAAACUCGAUGUCAACUGAUAUUGCUUUAUUGAUGUUAUAUUAUAAGGCCUUAAUAGUUCAAUGCCGUUUUAAUAUUUUGUCCAUUUAUCAUGGUCCAAUUAAUUAAUUAGGUUUUUUCGCAUGCGAUGGUACUUAUUAUUCAUAAGUUACAAACAUGUUCAAAUUUCAUUAUAUGUAUCUUUUUUUAAUGCAUGUCUUUUCAUGAAGUCAAACUUCAAAACUCUACAGUUGUCAUCGAAUUUCUGAUAAUUUAUCAUUUAACUUAAUUAAUAAGAAAAAUACAAUAAAACAUCGUUUUCUUGGACAUUUGUCACUACUAAGGAUAAUCUACAAUAAGUUUACAUAAAAAGAUGUAUUAAUAUUUCCGUAUCAUGUUUGUCGAUGUUACAAUAAGAUUGACCCUUUUGUUUCAAUUUGAACUUAAUAUAUUUUAUAUUUGUGUUCUGAAAAUUUUGUAAAAAUUGUGUUAUAAGUUUUAAGUUAAGUUCCAUUAUUCCAAAUUGUUUUAAUCUUUAUUAACAGUUUAACAUUUAACCUUUGUUAACAUACUCAAAUAUCAUUUAAGCAACUUAAUUAAAGCAAUAACAGUUGAUGACCAAGCCCAAUUAAAUUAUGCAUUUUCUUUGUUUAAAUUUGUUCAAAGAAACAUUAUAAUUCCGAAAACAAUAAUACAAAGUCAUGUAUACAUCUAUGCUGAAAUGUAGCGGAAUGUAAGUGGAGAUAAAGUUUUUUACAUUGAUAACUUGAAUCGUGUAUUGUAUAAUGUUGUACACUGAAUUUGUUUCUUAUUUUAACAUGAAUUAUACUCUGCAUACUGAUUUUAAAGUAUAUUUUAACAUGUUUAAAUAUUGACAUUAUUGUAUCUUAAAUUGAACAUGCAAGUUACUGUUUUAGUGUUUUAUUUUAAUGUUUCAAUUUGUUCGCUUGAAAUAUUUUCACGAUGAUCUGAAUCGUAAACUAUAUGAUGUUACGUCUUUAAAGAUUUUAGGUAAGGACAAGAUGUAGUUGAUAAUCGUUUUCGUUUAAUUUCAUCGUGCAUCAGACAGUUUGGGUUCUUGUGCUCUGCUCUAUAUAACCAUUAUGCGGUUAAAUGGUUUUUCAAAUGAAAAGUUUCCUCUUUUAUAGCAAUAUAUUGUAACCGUGACUCUAUAGGGUAAAUUUAUAUUUACAUUAAAAAAUGUUUAAUUAUUAAAACUGGGCGCAAUUUGAGCUACGGAGCUCCUAGAAACCGGUUUUAACCACCAUUGUUUUACCGUUUCCAAUCCGGUGACCCCCGGAUUGCGCGUUUGUUAUGUGUUUUGUCUAGCGCACUUGUUUGUUUGACUGUUUGACAAGUUUUACUUUAUUUAUCUCUCUAGUUAUCAUCACGUAGUGUAUGUAUUCACUAACUAGUUACUCCUAUAUCUAUUCGGAAUAUUAAAAGUAAUGUAAACAUUUAGCGAUUAAUUUUAUUAGAAUAGAAAUUAUAUUUAGUAGAUGCGAGGUAUUAAUAUAAUAGACAUUGAAAUCUAAAUAUGUUCUUUUAUAAAGCUAUAUUACAUAAAAAAAAUAUAUUAUAGAUAAUAUAAUUAUUAGGUAUUAAAUAUAAUAAGAAUAACUAGAAAAAUAAUGCAAAUUUUAAAACACGUAUUCGAUUACAAAAGAUAACAUGUAAUAAGCGAAUAUUAGUAAUUUAGCCUUAAGAAGACAAAUUGAUUAGUUAGAAAAAAUCUUACAAAAGGAAGCAGUUAAUAUUCAACAAAAUUGACAAAAUUGUUUCAACUUAGGGGGAUGAGCUACGUACUACAAGUUCUUUGUCUAGUGCAAUCCACAUUGCAAUAUAAAGAACCCACGAAUAUUGGACAAAGUUUAAGAACAUUAUAUAACCCAGAAAUGUUGGUGACGGCCUGAUAUUCACGACAAAUCAGCUUGAACACCUCUAAGCACGUGCCUAGCAGCGAAAAUCCUCGCUCAUACAUCUUGUAUACUCAUGGACAGUUUGUAUAUUGUAUAUAUUGAAUAAACCAAUAAACCAUCUUAUCACAGUAUUUAAGGACCACUCUCGGCUCACUGGCCAGACAUUGUUUGGUUUCAGACAGGAUGUUUGCUGUUAUUAUCUUUACAUAUUAGAAAGUAACUUGGAACUUGCGUAUAUGUUACUAAAUGCAUCAAUUCAUAGUUAGAUUGAUAUACGUUUGACUGGGAUUUUAUUUCAAUCUGUACAAUAUGAUAUUGUUAAUUGUAUAGGUUUAAUUGGCGUGCAAGUUAUGUAUGUAUGGUUAUAACAUGCUGAUUUAUACAUGAUAUUGAACAUUCAACCGACAAGUAUAACAUAAUUAAUAAUUUUAUAUUAAAAUUUAUUUGAUAUCUGUAUUAUUGUCAUUUACUUAUGUUUUUUGGAAUCGAUAUUUAAAUACUCAUAGUUUCAAAACUUAUUGUACAAUAAUAUUAACCGCUCAUGCUUAAAUAUAUAUAUGCAAUGCCUCAACGUUAUUAAC